GCUGAGGGGUAAUUUUGUGCGCAGAGCAGCAAGCCUGUACGCAUGGUGGAACUGAGUUGAACGGUACGAAUACUUCGCGCGAGUAGUGCUGUUGUUGUGCGUGCGUUGCACAAGCGCAAGCCGGGACUGCUGAAACCACUCUGCUGCAGCACCCAGCCAAAAACCUGCGUCGCGCAUUGACAGCAUGUCGACCUUCGAGACGCCGGUCCGGCCCGACGUCCAAGUGCCAAGAGGUGACAUCCUAGCCGCGUUACGGGCACCGCCGCCAUCCGCCGUCCGAGCGGCGACGCCACCACAUAGACCAACAAAAGCGCAGGAGUUAGAAAUAGAACAGGAGCGCCAGGCCCAGGCUUUAAGGGAGUUAGAUGCGUUACGUUUAGUGUUCAGAGGCGCGCACCAUCGACGGGGCGCCUUCGACGAGGAGGAGGCGCAACCCGAAGAAGAAGCCGGCUGGGCCGACCUGAGCGUCGAGCCGACGUGGCGGUUGCGCGAGCGCAUGAAGACCGUAUCUGUUGCUUUGGUAUUAUGCUUAAAUAUAGGGACGGACCCUCCCGAUGCGGUCGCGGCCUCGCCGAGAGCGAGACGGGAGUGCUGGCUCGAACCGUUUGCCGGACCUUCUAGGCAGAAAGCUCUCGAAACAAUCGGCGCAGCUCUACAAGCGCAGUACGAACGGUGGCAGAGUCGCGCGAGAUAUAGGCAGUUGUUGGAUCCGACGGCGGAUGAGUUAAGGAGGCUGUGUGCGGCAUUACGAAGAUCAGCCCGAUCGGACCGGGUCCUCGUCCACCUGAACGGCCACGGCGUCCCCCGACCGACGGCGAACGGCGAGGUCUGGGUCUUCAACAAGAACUACACGCAGUACAUACCUCUCUCGGUGUAUGAACUACGAGCGGUCGUGCAGGCGCCCGCGGUUUUUGUCCUCGACUGCUCGGGAGCUGGGAUUUUACUACCACACUUCCGAGCGGCCAUGCCCCGCCCGAACGACGACGACGAAAAACCGCAAACACCGUUAAAGGACGAUUGCAUCGUGCUGGCGCCGUGUGCCGCGGACGAGACGUUACCUUCUGAUCCUAGAUUGCCGGCUGAUCUAUUUACGGCUUGCUUGACCACACCCAUAUCGGUAGCUUUGAGGGAUUUUGUGAGGAGGCACCCCGACUCCGCCCGAGGGAGGUUAGACGAAGAAACGGUGGAGGCGGGCGUGCCCGGGCGACUAGGCGACCGAAAGACACCGCUCGGGGAGUUGAACUGGAUCUUCACGGCCGUCACGGACACGAUCGCGUGGAACGUGUUACCCGCUCGGUUGUUCCAGCGCUUGUUCCGCGAAGAUUUGUUGUUGGCUUCAUUGUUCCGGAACUUCCUGUUGGCGGAACGAGUCUUCAGACGCCAUGGGCGGACACCGGCCACAAUCCCAGCCUUACCGCCGACGGCCGACCAUCCUUUGUGGGCGGCCUGGGAUUUGGCCGCGGAGGGCUGUCUCGCGAGAUUGGCGUCGGCUCAAAACGCUUCACCAGUAAAACAGCCUUCCGAAACGCCGGAGAAGGCGCCCGAGCCGUCCCCCAAAGAAACUGAAGACCAGCCGCGCGUCCAUCACAGAUCACUGAGAGUUUUGGCUCGCGUGCCACCAGCACCACCGGAGCCCACAGAACCGUCGCCCUUCUUCGAGGAACAAUUGACCGCGUUUGAAGUUUGGUUGAGGUUUGGCGCUGGAGCUGUCGCGAAGCCGGAGCAACUGCCCGUGGUAUUACAAGUACUACUAUCACAAGCGCACCGUGUGAGAGCACUAGUUUUGUUGAGAAGAUUUCUGGAAUUGGGUCCGCGCGCCGUGGACGUGGCGUUAUGUGUCGGUAUCUUUCCUUAUGUACUUAAGCUGCUACAGUCGCCGGCGCCGGAGUUGCGACGGCCCUUGGUGGCGAUCUGGGCGGCUAUCUUGGCUUUUGAUGGAAGUUGUAGAAGCGACCUAGCUAGAGACGGCGCGAGGGAAGCGUUUGUAGCUCAUUUAACUUAUCUAAGCAGGGAAGACGAUUCAGGAGAAAAUACGGAACAGAAAAGAUUAGCUUGUUUUAUCUUAGCGACGGUCUGUCGGGGAGAACCGUCGGCGAGAGACGCUUGUUUAACUAAGAGAUUGGACGCCGUACUCUUAGAUCUGCUCCGGAACGACGAAGGAACGCUGACGACGUCGCAUCUGAGGCGGUGGCUGUUACUAUGCAGCGGCGCUCUGGUCGACGGCGCGGCUCCCGAAGCGACGCAGGACGCGCGCGGUCCUUUGAAAGAGGAAGUUAUACGACUGGCUUUGGCUGACGCGGAUCCGUGCUGCCGCGCCUGCGCGUUAGAUACUGUUGGGAGCAUGCUCUGCGUCGACGAGGACGUGACGGAAUGUGCUUCUAUACUAAAAACAGCAUGCCGGGACGGCUCGGCGUUCGUUAGAAGGGAGGCUGCUUUAUUGAUUCAUGCAUUAUCAAAGAAGGGUCAUCAAACGGCAUUGAAAGCAUUAACUGAAGAGGGCCAAGGCGAAAGCAAGGGCGACGACUGCUACGAAUCUAUAUUUCGAAUUUUACAGCUUCUUUGUAAAGAUCCCUUCGCACCGACCGCAGAAACAGCUCGUAGUGUAUUGGACGCCAUCACGCAGGACACCCCUAUGACAAGGGAGGGCGCGCGGCAGUGGGCGUCGAAACGCUUCGGUCUGAGUCUUAGAAGUACCAGUGUAGCGGCGGCCUUCUCGCAAUCAUCUACGAGCUUGGAAGAGCUCUUAGAAAUGGACCCCCUAUCUUCUGAUGGGGAGAUGCGGUUAUACAGAAGACAUCGUAAUAGAUAUUGUCUGCGAGAAGCCUCAGCAUCCAGAAGAAGGGCCAAGGAGGCCCUCGCGGCGCGGGAACAGGAGAAGCGCGGCGCGCCGUCGACGCAAGUUCUAAGAUUUGCGCAGACGAAGACGUUCGAGAACGUCGGCGCCGAGAUGACUUCUGUGAUGCGGUUCCAUCCCUUCGAGAGCGUGUUGGCCGUCGUUGAUGAACGUUCAGGUGUCUCGCUGUGGGAUUUCAACGACGGGGCGGCCGUGGCGCGCUGGAACAAUGGGGACUUGCGAACUACCAGUAUAGAGUGGGUGAAUGCGCACGCUUCGUCAUUGCUCUUAGCGGGUGACGUCGAUGGUGUGGUGCGCGUCUGGGGCGGUCUUGGUCUAGAACAGGGUCCUUACGAGGAGCGAUCUGUUAGGGUUGUGUCUGCAUUCAGAGCUAUUGAUGUUGUUUCGUUCCAGAAGAGUGCUGGCUUGGUUUGUAGCUGGUCCGCACGAGAGGCGCAUUUGUACUGUGCUGGUGAUGCCAAUUCUCUCGUGAGCUGGGAUUUGGAGCGGGAAUGUAGCGUAAGGGCCAUGGCUACCGACACGGACGCCUGUGCGACGGUGGUCACGACGCUACCCUUGCAGCCGCAUCGCGUCACUUUGGGCUUUGCCGACGGCCAACUCAAGGUCUUUGACCUGCGAGAUCGCGCGACGCGGCCCUGCCAGAGCUAUGCUCAUGAGCACUCGUCCUGGAUCGUCCACGCGGACGCGCAUAAACAUUCACCUUCCGAAUUAUGUUCGGGGUGUGUUGCUGGUGAUUUGAAAUUUUGGGACGCGCGCAUUGCCGGUGUUUCUAACAGAACGCUCGACGUGCAAAAUUCAGCGAUGACCGCGUUGUCGGCGCACGCCGAGGCGCCGUUACUCGCGUCGGGCUCGCACAACCAGUUCGUGAAGUUCAUGCUGCGGGACGGCGACCAGUUGAAUAUUGUGCGGUACCACGACGGGGUGUUCGGGCAGCGCAUCGGCCCCGUCGCGUCCUUGGCGUUCCACCCGACGAAAUUAGUGGCCGCGGCGGGGUCGACGGACGCCGUCGUGGGGAUCUAUGCCGCUUCCUAA